GUUGCCACCAGAACAGGUGUCCCCGUUUUGAGUUGCCACCAGAACAGGUGUCCCCGUUUUGAGUUGACAGCUCAAACAGGAACACCUGUUCUGGUGGCAGCUCAAAAGGGGACACAUCUUCUGUUGACAGCUCAA